GAAGAGAAAAUGGGACUGGCCAUCGAGCAAUACUUCCGUUAAGAACCUACGAAGGGUUUAGGGUUUAAUAAGUUCGCAGAUUUUUUAUGUUUUCUGUGUUAUUUCUGAUUUAUGAAAAAAUUUAAAGGGCAGAAGUAUUCGAGCUAAGCGGUGGUUUGAUCUUUUUAUCUGGGUUUCUGCUAGUGUUUUAGCUGAAUCUAUUACAAUGGAGAACACAAAAAAUAACAGCUUGCAGAAGCCCAUAGCACCACCUCCUGUGAAAAAAGAAAGAAUCGAAAAAGCUGUUGAUGCUCUGCUGAAAUGGGUAAAGUCUCAGCCGAAAUAUCAGAAACCUCAGCUUCUUGAACACGACGAGUUUUUCUACAUGGUUGUGACCUUGAAAAAAAUCCCAGCGAAGGAAAGAACAAACCCUUAUAAGAUUCGGAUACCCAAUCCCUUGUUUCCACUGGAUGGAAGCGAAGAGAUCUGUUUGAUAAUAAAUGAUGGAGAAAAGCGGGCGUCUCCGGUUUCUUCUGAAUUUGCCAAGGCUAAGAUUAAAGAGGAAAGCUUACCGAUUUCAAAGGUAUUGAAGUAUUCAAAACUUAAGACUGAUUAUAAGCCCUUUGAGGCCAAGAGGAAGCUUUGUGGGUCAUAUGAUAUGUUCAUUGCUGAUCGAUCUGUGAUUCCAUUAUUGCCUAGGCAUUUGGGGAAGACCUUUUUUAAGAAGAAGAAGCAUCCUAUUCCUGUGGAUUUGAGCCACAAGCAGUGGAGGAGGCAGAUUGAGCUAGCUUGCAGUUGUGCCUUGGUUUACAUUAGAGGGGGCACAUGUUGUGCGGUAAAGGUUGGGAAGGUGUCUCAGGAGAGGGAUGAAAUUGUGGAGAAUGUUAGUGCUGUGAUUGAUGGUCUUGCGGAGGUGAUACCGAAGAAGUGGAAGAAUGUCAGGUCGUUGCAUUUGAAGAUGUUGGAGUCUGUGGCGUUGCCAAUUUAUCAGGUUGUUCCGGAAAGGCCAUUCAAGAUUGAGGGCGUGGGAAGCAGGGCAGGGUUGCAGGUUAUGGUAGAGGAGACCGAGAAAAAAGUACAUGCUAGGGAUUCUGAGGAAGGAGAGAAGAAGGUUUUCAAGAAGGGGCGGAUCCAUAAUGUCCGGUACAUGGACCAUAUGUUGGGGGACGUGUCUGAUGAUCUUUUUGGUAACAAGGACCAGAAUGACGGUCUAUUAGGUGAUGAUGAUCAACACGAUGGUUUUCUAGGUUACGAGGAGCAGAAUGAUGGUCUUUUGGGUGACGAGGACCAGAUAGAGGCUGAUUUGCCAGUCUCCUUUGAGGUGGGAGAAAGUAAGGUUUUUUCAGGCGAUGAUGAAUGUGAUUGCGGGAAUCCAAAAUCUAUAGAGAAGAACAAAUCUGGGAAAAAGAUAGCUGGUGCCAAAAGGAGGAAGGAUUUGAGUGUGGAGGGCAAUUCAGGCUCUUUGAAUGAUGGAGAUGUCAAUGAUUCUAAGCAAUGCAAUAUUUCUACACCGGCUUCAGGGCACAGAAAGAAAAGCAAAUCUAUUGAUAGUGUAAAAGCCUUAGCCAAGAAAGGAAAGACCAAAAAUGUUGAAGAUGGGGUCGUCAUGGACAAUGUCAAGGGCUCAGCCAAAAUAGUGAAAACCAAACAAUUUGAAGAUGGAACAGUUACUAAUGUCAAGGCGUCGGUCACAAAAUUGAAGAUUAAACAUUUCGAAGAUGAGGCGGUUACUAACAGUGUCAACGCCUCAGGAAAGAAAGGAAAGAAUAAACCUUUGAGAGGAAAAACUAUUGUAGCUUGAUGGGAGUGCAGUUUCAAGGUACUUUUAUGGUCUUGGUGACUGCAUAACUUUGCCCAUUAUUCUGUACAAUGACUCAUUCCGUCCAGCUUUAUAGCACAUGCAACAUUGCAAUUCUGGUUAAUUCGCAAUGUUGGACACAUCCAUGUGUCUUAUUUCA